AAGAACAACCUUCGAAGCUCACCAACAACAACUACAAGGUCCAACCUUCAAAGAAAAAAACAAAGCCAUGUUGUUCUUCUUCUUCUUCUUGUGAGCACAUAACAUCAAAUGCUGUUGUUAUUGCUCAUAUUCUUCUACUACUUCAUCAUCAUCACCGCUUCACCAAUUCCAACACCUUCUUCUUGCUCUUCUUAUGUUCUUUGACCAUGAUGAUGGAAGACCCAUCGGUUUCAUUGAGGAGCUCUGAUUCACUGGCAGCCACACUUGCAAAUUCAAUCCAAGCUUUGGGUCGUGGCUUUGAUGUAACAUCUGAUAUUAGGCUUCUAUACUGCAAAGGGGCACCAGGGUCGAGGCUUGUUCAUCUUGAUGAGGGGAAUACAAGGGAUCUUGCUGUUUCCCAUGGUGUUCUUGUUCCCAAUGUUUCUGUGGACAUUGAUUGCUCCUAUGGGAAUGGCAAGGGUGAUAUAAACAAGACCCCUGUGUGUAGCUUCCAUGAGAUGGCAAAAUAUUUCAAUGAGAAAUCAGGCGUUAAAGGACAAAUUCCACUUGGAAGUUUUAAUUCCAUGUUCAAUUUUACUGGCUCCUGGACGGUUGAUGCUGCAGCCACCAAAUCCCUUGCUAUGAUUGGAUAUUUCAUUCCACUGGUUGAAGUUAAAUUAACCAAACUAAGUUUGGAUUUGAAUGAUCAAGUCAAACGCGCUGUUCCUUACUCUUGGGAUCCAGCUUCCUUGGCAAGUUUUAUUGAGAAUUAUGGUACCCACAUUGUUACAUCUGCAACAGUUGGCGGAAGAGACGUAGUGUAUAUCAGGCAGCACCAUUCAUCUAGUUUGUCUGCCUCAGACAUUGAGAACUACUUAAAUGACAUUGGAAAUGAUAGGUUUCUUGAUGUCAAAAACACAUCUGGUUCUGGUCCUUUAAAGUACAAGGAGAAGGAUGUUACUGUGAUUUUUAGAAGGAGAGGAGGUGAUGAUCUUGAGCAAAGUCACACUAAAUGGGUGGAGACUGUUAAAUCGGCACCCGAUAUCAUUAACAUGACAUUUACUCCAAUUGUUUCCCUUCUUGAAGGAGUGCCCGGUGUAAAGCAUUUGAGCCGUGCUAUUGAUCUAUAUCUUGAGUACAAACCACCCAUUGAAGAUCUACAGUAUUUCUUGGAUUUCCAAAUUACUCGCGCUUGGGCACCGGAGCAGAACAAUCUACAAAGAAAGGAGCCCGUCUGUCCGACCCUCCAUUUCAGCUUGAUGGGACCAAAGCUUUAUGUCAGUCCAGAUCAGGUAACUGUUGGACGAAAACCUGUCACUGGGCUAAGACUUAGCUUAGAAGGCACCAAACUGAAUCGUCUCGCGAUUCAUUUGCAGCAUUUAGUCUCGCUCCCGAAAAACCUUCAACCUCACUGGGACACACAUAUGGCCAUAGGUGCUCCCAAGUGGCAUGGUCCUGAAGAGCAGGACAGCCGGUGGUUUGAGCCAAUUAAAUGGAAGAACUUCUCCCACGUAAGCACCGCUCCAAUCGAGUACACUGAGACUAGCAUUGGUGACCUCUCUGGUGUCCACAUUGUCACAGGAGCACAGCUUGGUGUUUGGGACUUUGGUGCCAAAAAUGUUUUGCACCUCAAGCUCCUCUUCUCCAAGGUUCCAGGAUGCACGAUACGGCGAUCUGUAUGGGAUCAUAACCCCUCUACUCCUGCAGCACAAAGAUCCGAUGGCGCAUCAUCAUCAGUAACAAAGAAAGCCUCUGAAGAUAAGAAGGAAGAUAGUUCAAUUCACAUUGGAAAAUUAGCCAAAAUUGUUGACAUGACAGAAAUGUCAAAAGGGCCCCAAGAUAUUCCUGGUCAUUGGUUAGUUACUGGUGCUAAGCUUGGAGUUGACAAAGGAAAAAUUGUACUGAGGAUAAAGUACUCUUUGCUAAACUACUGAUUCAUAUCCCCCAUCCCCUCUUCUCCCCAAAAAUGUGUUAUUUUUUAUUUUUUUUUCCCCUUCACACUAGAAACAAUAGUCAAGGUCAAGCAUUCUUUGCACAGGGAACCGGUUGAGAUAUUUUUUUGGUGUACUUUUGCCUUAUUAGUUUAGAUGAUGAUGGUCAUGCAAAUCAUUGAUUAUGCUAAUGAUUUUGAAUUCAAUUUUGUUUACAGUGACAUCAUUACAUAAAGACAGUUACCAUUUGUUUUA